AUGAAGUACUCAAUCAUCUUUGCUAUCGGCUCCGCAGCGCUGGCUGUAGCGGCUCCCGUCACUGUUGACAUCACCAGCCGUGAUACCACUGUCGUUACUGGCGGCACUGGCAUCGGAUUCGAAGGCAGUGGUCGCGGCGGUAGCGUUGCUAAUGGUGGCGAUGGCGGCAACACCCGUAAGGGAAAUGGUGGUAACGGAGGUGCCGGCGGUAUCGCCAAACGCGAGACUACUGUCGUUACUGGCGGCACUGGAAUUGGAUUCGACGGCCGUGGUCGUGGCGGCAGCGUUGCCAAUGGUGGCGAUGGUGGUAACACUCGUAAGGGCAAUGGCGGCAAUGGGGGUGCUGGUGGUAUCGGACGACGAUCGACAAUUGUUACCGGUGGAACUGGCAUCAGGUUUGAGGGUAGCGGUCGCGGCGGCAGCGUUGCCAAUGGUGGCAACGGUGGCAACAGCCGCAAAGGUGAUGGCGGUAACGGUGGUGCUGGUGGUAUCGGACGACGAUCGACAAUUGUUACCGGUGGAACUGGCAUCGGGUUCGAGGGCAGCGGCCGCGGCGGCAGCGUUGCCAAUGGUGGCAACGGUGGUAACAGCCGCAAAGGUGAUGGCGGUAACGGCGGUGCCGGAGGAAUCGCUGGACGCUCUGAUUCUAUCUUCUCCCUAGUAGCCCGCAAGUUCAGCCUCAUCAGCGGUGGACCUGCUAUCUCUUUUGGCGGCAACUCUCGCGGCGGCGAUGUCGGUGAUGCUGGUAACGGCGGUAACGGUGGCAGAAACGGUGGCUCAGGUGGUGGCUCUGUCAUCAACACCAAGAACUAA